AUGUUUGCUCUCUCUAUCACGAACAUCAGUAGCUCCGGAUUUGCUGUGACUGGUUUUCCUGGGUUAGAAAAUUAUUACACCUGGAUCUCCAUCCCCUUCUCUAUAAUCUACAUGACUGUGUUCCUGGGAAACUGCAUGGUGCUCCAUGUGAUCCGGACUGAGCCAAGCCUGCACCAGCCCAUGUUCUACUUCCUGGCCAUGCUGGCCCUCACAGACCUGUGCAUGGGACUGUCCACGAUGCCCACAGUGCUGGGUGUCCUGUGGGGCUUCGUUCAAGAGGUCAGCCUGGAUUCCUGCAUUGCACAGUCUUACUUUAUUCAUGGCCUGUCCUUCAUGGAGUCUUCUGUCCUCCUCGCUAUGUCCUUUGACCGCUACAUUGCCAUCUGUAACCCUCUACGCUACUCCUCCAUCCUCACCAAUGAAAAAAUCAGACAGAUCGGGGUGGCAGUCUUGUGUAGAAGCUCUAUGCUCAUUCCUCCAGUCAUCAUUCGCCUGAAGUUCUUAACCUACUGUCGUCCUCAUGUCCUCUCUCACUCAUUCUGUCUGCACCAAGACUUAAUUCGCAUGGCCUGUUCAGACAUUCGCUUCAAUAGCAUUUAUGGUUUGGCCCUGGUAAUUAGCAACCUAUUGCUGGAUGCGGUGCUCAUAUUAGUUUCAUAUGUCAUGAUCCUGCACACGGUCUUAUCCAUUGCAUCCCAGGAAGAGAGAAUCAAGUCCUUGCAGACGUGUGUAUCUCACAUCAGUGCUGUUUUGGUUUUCUACAUCCCAAUCAUUGGUCUGACCAUGGUGCACCGCUUUGGGAAACACCUCUCACCACUGGUUCAUGUUCUCAUGGGCAACACCUAUAUCCUUUUCCCACCCUUGAUGAACCCCAUCAUAUACAGUAUCAAGACACAGCAGAUACGGGUCAGAAUACAGGGAUUGUUCUCCAUGAAAGGAGCUUAA